CUCAUGUUAUUUGCAUGGUACCUGGCACUUUGUGCGCCCUCCAUUUCGGCCCAAGCCCGUUAUCCUCCCGACCGCACUCCCUAUAGAUAUCCUACCAUGUCAGAUUCCUCGGCCGCCGGCCUUGCCAUCCGUGCGGCUGUGCGUGAUGCAGCACCUGCCCCGCUCCCCUGGAAUGCAUACCAGCAGUGCAUCCAACGGACGGGGGCUCUACUUCGAACUGUGCCUGGCUCUUGCUCCUCUUCAACUUGGCACUUUGACAUGGCCUUUCGCUUUGGUUCCGACUGGCACCGUGCUGUGCAGGAGCCCGACCUCGACUCCUUGGUUGCAACGGCUGCUGCAUUGGUCCGAGUGAGGACGCCCGCCCUCCCAACUGUCCCUUGUUCCGACACGAUCCAACAGCACUUGUCCUAUCCGAUCCAUUGGAACUCCUGGCAGCAGUUGCAUGCUCGCAUUUGGCAUCGAUGCCACGCACCUCCCCAGCCACUGCAGCACAUCGACUACGAGCGCCACAUGCACACCCGCUUCGGAGCAGAUUGGACUUCCUUGCUCUCUAACAUUCCUCAGCAAGAAGCCGCCCGUCUUCGUCGAGCUCUCCGUCGCUGCCUGGCAACUUGUGCUCCGCCACUGGCUCGCCCGCCAGUUCCGCCUAGCGGCCACCGAAGGCUAUCGUUUCGUGGCCUCUUUCGCCACAUCUGCUGUGCAGUCGCGGCCCUUCGUCCAAACGAAGUACUUCCUCUACGCCAACUGCAACAUCUCCGGCGCCUGUGCGCACGCAGCCAACCCAACCUUGCGGCAGCUUGCAAAUCUCCGGCAUGUGCCCAGAGGACAUCGUCUGUAGCGAG